AUGAUUUCUUUGUCACUCACGAUGGCAGCAAAGAUAAUGAGAAAAAACAGAUGCGAACACAUUUUCCCUGAAACGAUUGAACAGAAAUUUCCUCCAAUUUUGCAUCAAAGUUUCUUUUGUGUUCUUGCCUUCAUUUUUUUUUUUCUCAUUCCUCUCUUUUUUUCAUUUAUCUUGAUUUACAUCAGAGUAUUAGUGAAUAAACUAGCAUUUUAUAUUCAGUUCCUUCUUUCAUAUUAUUUCUUUCCUUUUCUUUCUUUCGUUCUUUCUUUCUUUCUUUCUUUCUUUCUAUCACUUUAUUUAAUGAUUUCGUUCUUUCUUAUUUCUUUCUUUGUUUCUUUGUUUCUUUCUUUGUCUCUUCCGCUUAUUUUAUUUAAUGCUUUCUUUCUUUCUUUCUUUCUAUUACUUAUUUUAUUUAAUGCUUUCGUACUUUCUUUUUUUCUUUCUUUGUUAUUUAAUGGUUUCGUUCUUAUUUCUUCCUAUCUUUCUUUCUUUCUUUCUUUCUUUCUUUUUUUCUACCACUUCUUUUAUUUAAUGUUUUUGUUCUUUCUUCCGACGUUUCGUUCGUUCGUUCGUUCGUUCGUUCGUUCGUUCGUUCCUUAUUUUAUUAAAUGGUUUGUCUGUUUCUUUAUUUCUUACGUUGUUUCUUUGUUCCUGCCCUUCUUUCUUUCUUUCUUUCUUUCUUUCUUUCUUUCUUUCACAUUCUAUUUAAUUUUCUUUCUCGCUUUCUUUUUUGUCUCUUACCUUAGCGUCAUUGUUUUCUUUUAUUCAUAUGCUAUUAGACUUUCUUUCAUUCUUUUUUGUUUCUUACUUUUUAAUCUAUUUCUUUGCCACUUUAUACUAUAA